AACGCUUCAGGAAGAAGUGCACAGGAACGGCAACCGACUCGACCAACGGGGCAAAGGCAGUAACGUCCCCUGCUUCCUUGCGUUGUGAAUUGAAAGGGUGGAGAAGUUCCUUGUUCUUGUAGGGCGGGUCUGUCUCGCGUAAAUAUAGGUCCUUUCCAGCUUCCAACUGUUAGCUUUAUCAAACUGUGAGAGUAAGAGGUCUCAGAGAUAACUCCUUUUAGCCGAGCCACACUGUCACGUUACCAACACGGGCUAUCAUCGACGCCCGGUGAGUGAUACUAUGCAGCGGUACUACAUGUCAGCGAUAACAAGAACUCGGAACAUGGGAGAGGGGUUAAAUGAGCUGGUCGUGAUAUUCUUCCUCUUGAUAGCUACAAAAGCAAUCAUGGAAAAUCCAAGUUCGCCUAAAGGUACCAGAAAACUCAAAGAAAGCAAGCAAAAAAGAUCAUCAACAACGAAAGACUUAAAGGCAACGUCAACUAGACUAUUCAUCCCCCGGUCAAAGACGAGCGGACGAAAGUCCACUCCAAGAAGAAACGGUAUCAGCGAUUCGGAGAGAAGACCCCUAUCUCGUGAGAUGAGUUGGGUGUUAAGAUUGCAAAAUAGAUACUGGAUAGAAAAGAUUGAAUGAAAAUAAACGCCAAAACAAAACGCAUCCACAUAUUCCUUCGUCGUGACAACAUGGUCAGGCAUUAGA